CUGUUACGCAGGGAAAUCGAUUCUGUGUGGAGGGUCUUGGUUUUGCUGAUAGUUUGUGAUAAACGAUGUCGUCCUUCGGAAGGAUACGUACGUCUGCGGUGGUGCUAGUGCUUGCAGUAAUUUGUCUUUGUACGCGUGACACAGUCGACGCGAUAGAAUGUUACAGCUGUGAGGAUGAGAACUGUGUCCGUGUGUCCACGGCGGGUAUUACGAUCACCUGUGAGAAUUCGAAUGAUCGCUGCUUCACCAGAUACAACCCAACCAGCCUUUUGCCCAUACAACGUGGAUGUCUCAAGCAAACCGAGGUGGCUACGUGUACUGGGGACGAUUGUGUCUUUUGCGACACGGCAGAUCUAUGCAAUGAAGCUGGCAGUCCGAGGCAUCAAUGUGCCGUGUGCUCUUCACUUGUCGAUUCGAACUGUCUGACUAAUCCGGCCUCGCUGACUGCCGUACAGUGUCCCGCUCCAUCCAACGUCGACUUGACGGCGGCACAGUGCUACAGUCGAGUGAUCGGUAGUGUUACCGAACGUGGUUGUAUUACCGCUCAAGGUGAUGUGGACGGUUGCACUGGAUUGGAUUGUGCCACUUGCACUGGAAACGGGUGCAAUCGGAACGAGUUCCCCGCCAACAGAAUCCAAUGCGUUCAGUGUGAUGAUGCGGUCAGUUGCAAUGAGGACGAAAGCUCCUCGGUCUAUUGCGAUGACGUGGAGGAUGUGUGUGUCACCUUGCACAGAGCAAACGGCAACGUCAUGAAAUCAUGUAAAAAUGCAAUGCUGGCUGCAGACGCGGCUUACUGUCUAGCCAAUCCGUCCCAGUGUAACUACUGUGGAAAGAAGCUCUGCAACGGUGUACCGUUUAGCGCUAGUGCCGUCACCAAAAGUUGCUAUCAGUGCGAUGGAGCCGACUGUCUUAAGUCGAGCGUUCAUCUUGUCAGUUGUCAGCUCACGGAUGAGGACUGUUACGGCAUGUUUAGCGGAUUUAAUCCAUCACGCCGUGGCUGUACGCAAGAGCUGACGAGAGCAGAGAAAGCUGCUUGCAAUGAACCUGAUUGCACUGUCUGCAGUGAGUCGGAAUGCAAUUUACAGUCCCGGGCCGAUCACCGCUGUGGAUACUGCUCCACCGUGAAAGAUACUAACUGCAUUGCCCCUGCCAGUGGUGCUCUUACCGUUGUGCAAUGUCCAGCACCAUCCACAGAUGUUUCCGAUGCACAAUGCUACACCAAAAUUGUUGGUGAAUCAGUUACUGAGCGAGGAUGCAUUAGUGCCGCAUCCGAUCUACUUGGUUGUGCUGCAGACGGUCACAACUGUGCGACCUGUAACAUCGAGAAUGACGGAGAAGCUUGUAAUGGUGACCUUUUCCCAACCGAUCGUCGACGCUGUACAAUUGGUACGACUGCUAAUGCUUACUGUCCCAAUCCAUGGGAUGAUUGUGUACAGCUGCUACAGAGUGGAACACGCAAACGCACUUGCCGAUCGUCCUUGAGUGAACUAGAACGCAACUUCUGUGCGAACAAUACGAACCGUUGCCAAUUCUGUUCUAGUGAUAAUUGUAACGCUGCGGAAGUUAACUUCAACUACAUCGAAUGUCUUUCCUGUGACUCUGCGACGGAUAUCCGAUGCGCCACGAAUCCUAUAGCAUUGACAACCUAUGAAAAGUGUGCCACGUGUGCUACGGCCGUUAUAACGAGUGGAGAAAAGACAACCACACGCCGCGGAUGUCUUGCCAGUCUUCCUGCAGAUGUGUCGAACCAGUGUACUAUUACAGCCGGUAGUUCUUGUCAACGUUGCACCAGUAACCGGUGCAAUGUGGGCAAUUUCCCAUCGGAUCGAUUACAAUGCUAUCGGUGCGUGGAUGCACCUUGUGUGUCACAUCAAAACGUAAGACUCGAGUAUUGUCCAGAGUAUCGUGCCGGCGACCGUUGCCUGCUGGAAUCGGAUUCGAGCGGUCAAUUACUUCGAUUAGAUUGUCGCAGCUCGUUAACAGACAGCGAAUUGUCUGCAUGUUCGGGACGUUGUCAAAUGUGUAACACAUCGGGCUGUAAUGAUCCAAUGGCCUAUAGCACUUCCGGCAGUUGUGUACAGUGUCGCAGCUCACUAAACUCACUCUGUCGCAGUGAAGCAACGCAAGUUGCACCGGAACCGUGCACCAUUCCCGCGAACUCUCAGUGCUACAGCCGGCUGGUCGACGGUGUAACUGAACGCGGCUGUAUGAGCGAUCUGGCGUCAAGUGAGCAAAGUGCUUGCACACGUGGUGAGAACUGUCUCGUGUGUAAUUCGCGCACCAACAACUGCAACACCGUACAAUAUCCUGUUGCACCACUCACCUGUUUCCAGUGUGAUUCACGCACUGACGGCGAAAGCUGUACGAUUGCCCAGACAGGCACAGCUCCCGAAUGUUCGACAUACGACACUGCCAACAAGUGCUACACGAUCGUGCAGUCAAACGGCGACACUGUGCGGAAGUGUUCGACGUUGGCACGCGAGCUAGUGUGUGGUACGGCGAGCGGUUGUGAGGUUUGUCUCUUCCGUGGAUGCAAUAUGAAGGCCAACUCGGCCAUCGGCACUAUAGAGCCACCCGUACGAACGACAACACCGGGGCCCACUAACGGCGGAAGUACAAUAUUUGGUAGCUACACUGUAAACAUUGUUAUAUUGCUGGGAGUUCGGCUCAUUUGGACACAUUAGUAUAGUUCACGUAGCGAUGUAGAUAACAGUUUUGCCGUGAUAGUUAAAAUAAGAUUCACAAAAAUAUGUGCCAGCCAAAAAAUUAAAAA